CUUUGCAAUGCACCGGCAGAGCAUGAACGCUGGAAAAGGGGCAGGAAGCGGUAUUCUCUAAAUCUCCUCUGUCAUCCCUCCUCCCCGAAGAGGGCCACCCCUUCCGAAGCGGUACAGAGAGAGAGAGAGAGUGAGAGCGAGAGUGAACGAGAAACGGUUCGGGAAAGGGAGGAGGUGAGGGAUUUAUAUUUAAAAGACUCGUACGAAUCCAAGAGCAACAAGUUGCACUUCACCGCUUUUCUCCAAGUUGUCCUGCCGGCGGUUGAUCUACGUCUUUUUUGUUUGUACGGUGCAAAAAAGUGAACAGGGAGCUCUCUGCUCAUCUUCAUUUUCCCACUUCCUCCCCACCGUGUGGAUAGGAAGAUCGGAAUAUGCCCCCUCCGCCGGAGGUGAGGAGCACCAGGUUGAGUGCUAACAAAGACUUUGCAAAAAGCUUCGUAGGCAUUCUGCGGAUCUUACAGAUCGCUCUGGGAGCCGGCCUUUGGAUAACCAUCGCGACCAACAAAUAUGAUGGCUCCAUCCACUUCGUGCUUUUUGUGGCAGUGGUCUUCUGGCUCCUAACAUUGGCGAUUUACAUCAUCACGCUUCUGGACAAGCAGAAUCUUGUGUUUUUCUUGGGUGGGGACAGAUGGUUGUUGAGCAAUGCCGUACACGACCUGCUGGCCACCGUGCUAUACUCCGUGUCGCUGGGCAUCAUGAUCUACAAAACGGAGAAGAUGAACUACUGCACCCUGCAGCGGUACAAGCACUCCUGUCUCUAUAAGGUGUACCUCAUCGCCUCAGUCUUUGCUGGACUCAGCGCAGUGGCGUAUCUCAUCACGGCCGUUUACAACACUUACAGAAAGUGCAAAGGGAACAACACUGUUAUUUAGGUAACGGCCUGAAGGAACGUGGAAAGAAGAACUGAAACGAGCAGGGGGAGGGCACUACAAUGAGACGCUCCGCUUUGCUCGGCUGGUAAAUGUGCACCGAGUUUUGCCUUUUUUAAUUUUCAGAUGGUUCGGUGAAGGAUGCAAACUACGCUUAAGUAGAUUUGUAAGUUGCCACACGCUCUUAGAAAUAGUUCGGUUAAAACUGUUAAGUAUAAAAGAACCAUUGUAAUAGCUUAACUAGACACCAGGUCAUCCUUUUAUGUUUUAUGUGUAUCUGGGACAUUUAUUCAUGUGUAAGAUGAACUUGUAAAGUAUUGGAUCAGUUGUCUUUACUUUUGAACCAAAUAUCAAGUACCCAAGAGAUGUUUACAAUGGCUCUCAUUGAUAUGUCCACGAGUUUUGAUUAAUCUGGUUGGAGUUGCGAAUUGUAAAUAAAAGUACUUUAUAGAUCUAACAAAACG